CGCUUUUUCGUUUUUGCGUUUUGCACUCCCGGUGUUUUUUUCCCUUCACCUUUUCGCGCACUCUCCGAGUUGUGUCUUGUGUACAUGUCGACGGUCAUCAAUAUGGCUGAUGCCGCGCCACCAGUAGCAGCUCCCAGCGCCGGAUUUCCACCAGUGUACGCCGCGCACGCAGACGGCGCAAUCCGAGCAGGGGUGGAGUCGCAGCGGCAACAUGCACUUCCUUUCACGUCCGAGUUUCCGUUUGUGAGCGGCACCCUGUACGAUGCGACGCGCCGCCAUGUUUCCCAGGGCGUUCAAGGCAGCACGUACACACUGGGCGAUUAUCACAUUGACAUUAAUCGGGCGCCUCUUGGCUCUGGUACUUCGGGAGAAGUGCGCCUUGGCGUGCAUGUUUUCACUGGACGGCAGGUCGCGUUGAAGUUUAUCGCAAAAACUGCCAAGCCAAAGCAGCUGCUUCGAAUACGCAAAGAGGCCGAGUAUCUCACCGUGCUCCACCACCCUAAUAUUGUUGAGCUGGUCGAGUGUCUCGAGACGGAAACACACACGGUUCUCGUCAUGGAAUUUGUGUCAGGCGGAGAGCUUUUCGGCCUCAUCAAGGGGCACAAAAAUCAAAAGCUGCGUGAGCGCGAGACUCGACCGUACUUUCGGCAGUUGCUGGCUGCAAUCCAUUGCUGCCACGCUCGCGGAAUUGUUCAUCGUGACCUCAAGCCCGAGAAUAUUCUGCUGGACUCGACCAAGACUUGCAUCAAGCUGAUUGACUUUGGGUAUGGGAACACGGUUCUCCCAGGUCGAUUGCUCGAAUCGCAGUGCGGAUCGCCACAUUAUACGGCUCCGGAGAUUAUAUCCGGCAAGCACUACAGCGGUCCCGAAACCGACAUCUGGGCACUUGGAGUGAUUCUCUUUGUCACCGUCACAGGUCGUUUUCCCUUUGGUGGACGAUCCACGCACGAAGUCUACAAUACAAUUUUGACUCGAGAGCCCGUCUAUCCUCCGCAUCUGUCGCGAUCGUGUGUAGAUCUCAUCUCGAAAAUUCUAGUCAAAGAUUCGCGAGGUCGCAUUUCUCUUGCCGAAAUCUCGCGACAUAAAUGGAUCAACAAGAACUACGACUUUUACGUCGACAUGUCCACCGCAGAUCCCAUCAACGUGCGGAUUGUUCGAGAGCACGACGACGAAACUGAGCCGGCCGCGCUUCCACUGGCGCCGCAUUCAACCCCAGACAUUAUCCCACCAAGGCAUGUCGGAUCGGCUCCUGCACUGGCCAUGCUCAAUCACCAUCCACUGCCGACCACCGCGGCGAUGCCCAACCAGCACGGAGUGCGACAACCACUCCCGCAGCAACAGCAACAGCAACAGCAACAGCAACACCACCAGCAACAGCUGCAAUACCAGCAACAGCAACAGCAAUACCAGCAAGAACACCCCACCUUUCGAGGCGCCGCUGGCGUGCACAUGGCUACUGGCAUGAGCGUCGCGUCCCCUCCGAGUGUGGCCGCCGUGACUGGCUCUCCCGAUACAGCGCCAAUGCAAAUCGAUCAGCACCACGCUGCGCGACAACCGGCGUCGGCAGUUCCCAUCCGAUUAGGCCAAGUCCCCAAGUCUUCCUCAACCCCAGCACUUCCGGUCAUGGCUGCCGCAGCCAUGGAAGCAGGCCGUGCCCGCGUAGUUGGCCAUGUGAGUCAGCCUGUGGUUUCCGAGAUUCCUCCUUUCAGCCGAAGAAACGCAGUCGUGUACGGCGCGCAAACAUUGACACCCGAGGAGCAGGUCAAGCGGCAAAUGACGGCAAUGCAUAUCGCGGCCCUUCAAGGCAUGGAUCCAUCGGGGCAACGCACCGCCAACCCGCGCGAGGACAAGAAUCAGCGCGCGCAGCCGCGACUGCGAAUCCCUCAGCCAGAGCCGUUCAAACCGGGCACAGCCGCCCCGAAUCCUCCACCCGUGCAGCCGGCUGUAUUUCCUGUGAAACUCCCUGACGGCAGUCGCCCUCCAGUCUCUCCGCUGCACGAAAAAGCCUUGCGUCGGCGCCACGAAGAAUCCGUCUCAAAGCGUUCGUCCGGACUUGCUCGCCGAAGCAUGUCUGAGAGCUACGACAAGCUGAUGCGCUCGGCUUCGACGUGCGAUAUGAGUGAGGCCAUCAGCGGCACUGCACCCACCCCAGCCAAUGCGAGCAAUGAGGCUCGGACUCGCGGUUUGCGGGGACAUGGCAGCUCGCCGACGUUUGGUGGCCAUGUCGUGCCCACAGUCCCCACAGUCCCCACAGUCCCCAGUCCAGGUGUCCAGACGACGGCACGCGGAAGUACAGCAGCAAAGUUGAUGGACCGCUACCAGCCAGUCGGCUCUGUUGAGCACACCCCUCCGGCUGCACCAGGGAUUGCGCAUCGCCGCAUGAGCGGCGCCACCCCAAUGACAGUGCAUGCGCCUGGCAACGAUGUGCCCGAGGAAGUUCAUUUUGCGCGACCGCAUAUGACGUACGACAGCGCUGCACACGAUGCAGCUGCACAAGCGCGGUUUUACGAGGCGGGCGCGGCUGUGCGCGAGGAUUCCCACCUUCGCGAAGAUGACCAGCACGAAGAAGCCGGCCACCACGCUGCUUCACACCAGCCCAUGGUGAGCGACGACAGCGAGUACGCAGAUGCCUUGGACGACGAGGACGACGAUCCCGACGAAACCGACGUGCACGAGAAUCUGUCUUCGGACGAAACCGAGUCGAUGGUGAUGGCCCUGAGUCGGUCGGCAACCAGCACAUCCGGCAGCGCGUGCUCCAACCCCAUUGUCGCAGCAGACAAUGCGCACUUUCAUCAAGGGCGACAUCACCACUCGACUGUCGAACACCAGCACAACCAUCGUCGCUCCUCCACCUCCAAACAACCACAGGCAUCUGGCGAGGCGAUGGCCAUGAGCACUUCUCACGACCAUCGGGAUCUCGGUCAUUCCCCAAGCUCGUCCAAGCCAGCCUCGGGCAAGCGCUUGGUUGCCCAAAAGCUGGGCAAAGUCAAGGAGCAAGUGAGGAAAAUGUUCAAGUUGUUUGGCUGA